AUGACGAGGAAUUUCAUAUUGUCCUCCACGCCCACAGUUUGGACCGGUCAUCCGGGCAAUGAAGAAGAUAUCGAAUCGUAUUUCAUGCACUGUCCCGAGGCUGCCCAGCCAAUAGUGACGUUUCUCGGUGUUGUUAUUAAACGCGGUGGUCAACUGAACGGCGGGCUCACUCUUCUUCACUACCGCCUCCAAACCACUGUUUACAAUAGUUCAACCCGAACCCAUCACACCUUUCCCGUCACCGCGUACUUCAAAAAUGAACAGCGUUGGGCCAACUUUCCACCACUGAGUAUAAACACCCAUGUUUUCUUGACCGGUCGCGUUUUCGGCCUCACAAAAGAACAUCGCCAGUUAGCUGUCGUUACGGAUGAUAUACAUUUUCUCCCAGCACCAAAUCACCAGUUGCCCGCUACUCCUUCCUCUACUGGUAAACGGAAGCGCGUGGACCGUUGGUCUCACAGAGCCAGCCCACAAACGCCGACCAAAUCGGCUGCAAGGUCACAGACUGAAUCACUUCCUAUCACGCAUCAGUCCCAGGAUUCCCCUCAAAUAAUUGCACCUGGUGACGACGAUGAGGAAGCGACGCAAAUUACAUGGCCAGACACGCCCGAAGAAAUCAAAGCCUCGUCGCGGGCUACCGCGCCAGUUCCGGAGAGGCGUUCUCAACGACCACGUAAAACAUCAUAUGCCGAUAUACUUGCACAAUCGAAAUACGAUAGUUGA